AUGAUGAUGGCAAGAAAGCAAGAUGUGCGCAUCCCCACCUAUCACGUUAGCGUGGUGGGCUUAUCCGGCACGGAGAAAGAGAAGGGGCAGUGCGGCAUCGGGAAAUCCUGCCUUUGCAACCGGUUCGUGCGGCCGAGCGCCGACGAGUUCCACUUGGACCACACGUCGGUUCUCAGCACCAGUGACUUUGGGGGAAGGGUGGUCAAUAACGACCAUUUCCUCUACUGGGGGGAAGUCGUGCGGUCCCUGGAGGACUGCGUCGAAUCGUCGGCCGAAAAGCUCAUGUACUUUUGCACUGAUCAGCUCGGGCUGGAGCAGGACUUUGAGCAGAAACAGAUGCCCGACGGGAAGCUGCUGGUGGAUGGUUUCCUCCUGUGCAUUGACGUCAGCCGAGGCAUGAACAGGAACUUCGACGAUCAGCUCAAAUUCGUGUCGAACCUUUACAACCAGCUGGCGAAAACCAAGAAGCCCAUCGUGGUGGUGCUGACCAAGUGCGACGAAGGCGUCGAGCGGUACAUUCGGGAUGCGCACACUUUCGCCUUAAGCAAAAAGAACCUGCAGGUCGUGGAGACGUCGGCGAGGUCCAACGUCAACAUCGACCUGGCGUUCAGCACCUUAGUGCAGCUGCUCGACAAAAGCCGGGGCAAGGCUAAAAUCAUCCCCUACUUCGAAGCGCUGAAGCAGCAGAGCCAACAGAUCGCCGCCGCGAAAGACAAGUACGAGCGUCUCUACUGGGCGCACCUGCAGAAGCUGAGGAACGAGAGGAAGAGGGCGGAGAUGCGGAGGGCUUUCAAGGAAAACCUGGAGACCUCGCCCUUCAUCACGCCGGGGAAGCCCUGGGAGGAGGCGCGAAGCUUCAUCAUGAACGAGGAUUUUUACAUGUGGCUGGAGGAGUCGAUUUACAUGGACAUCUACAGCAAGCACCAAAAACAGAUCAUCGAGAAGGCCAAGGAGGAGUUUCAGGAGCUGCUCUUGGAGUACUCGGAGCUCUUCUACGAGCUGGAGCUCGACGCG